AAAGGGAGAAAAAAGAAGCCGAGCUAAAUGCGGGGAGGGAAUUGUUUACGUAUUACACAUGUCUUUGGACAUUGGUUUGCAUUGCCAGUUAUCUUUGAACAUUUAGGAGGAUUGCGUUUAGUUUGGUUCAUCUAUCCCAAAUUAAAUAACUUCCAGGAACGUCUUGUAAACGCUUGCCGUUUCCCAUCUGAUCCUGGGAGAGUGCUGAUUCUUAUUCCAGCUGCAAUGCUAAUUAGAUGGCUUGAUUGAAUAAUGUCAUGAUUGACUCAUUAGCCAUUUUUGUGGAAGAAAAUGUGUUGUGAGAGAGGAACCCCCUGAAGUAAAGACCUGCUGACAGCUAAUUGGAACCUGAACAUUUUUUGAUUGUUAAAACGACACUGGAAAACCAUGGAUUACAAGAUUAAGAUAAUAAGACUACAACAUAUUGAAAAAUAAUCCCGUAAAUUAAAGAUUCUUAAUGCAAAAAAAACUAAGAAAGUCUGGAUUUGUUAAUUAAAAAUACUAAAAUGCCUUCGAUUGUCAUUUUGCAAUGAAAUUGAUGUUCCUGGUCGUCCGCAAGCCAGGACUUGUGUGUGCCAGUGCCCUGAUGUCCUGCUUGCUGAUCUUAAGGCUGUUGGCCUCAAUGACUCCCCUUCUGGAAUCCGUCGUGGUGCGGAAACAAAAAUACACGGACUCCCGUGACCAUUUAAGUGAAGGGAUUUCGGAAGUUAGGAGAACCGGGAUAAAUUUCGAUUCGCUUCUCAGGACGGAUCGGGAGGGGUUUCCGUUUUGCAGGAGGGGGCAGGUCGUGAUGAUUCUGGUGACGUCCGCCCCCUGGCAUGCAAAGCGGAGGACAGCGAUCCGGGAAACCUGGGCGAAGAGACGGGACCGCGGUGCCCACUCCUGGCAGGUUUUGUUCCUGAUCGGCCAGCGCCGGGAGGACGGCAUUUCUCCGCAAAUCUUGGGGGAGCAGCGCGCCUUCGGGGACAUCCUGGUGGGGAACUACGCCGACAGCUACCGGAACCUGACCCUGAAGGUCAUGCACGGCCUCAGGUGGACCGCCGACAACUGCGAGCCGCGGUUCAUCCUGAAGACGGACGACGACUGCUUCGUCAACACGGACCGCCUGCCGCGCUUCCUGGCCGAGUCCAACGGCGUGAGGACCGGUCUGUACGCGGGGUCUCUGUUCGCGCCGGGGAAGAGGGAGGUCAUCAGGGACCCCCUCAGCAAGUGGUACGUGUCCAGGGACGACUUCGGCGAAGAGGAGUACCCGCCGUACGCCAGCGGCGUCGGCUACGUCCUCUCGGCGGACGCGGCGCGGCGGAUCCUGGAGGCGGCGGAGAGGGUGCCCCCCGUGCCCAUGGAGGACGCGUACGUGGGCAUCCUGGCCAAGGAGGCCGGGGUCCCCGUCGUGUCGAGCGGGCGCUUCACCAAGCACAACGUGAACUGGAGGGUUUGCAACUACAGGUACCUCAUGGUCAUCCAUCACCUGGACGUCGCCCAGCUGAAGGUGGCUCAGGAGAACAUGAUUAAAGCCAGGACCGCCUGCUCCCAAACAAAGGAAAUCACGAGGUGGAAAUGAAGAGCUCCUCCCCCGCCAUCAAUUUUGCGCGGCCCACGCGGUCCGACCCGCCGUGCCUGCUGGGGGUCUUUGUUCAGCUCCUCCCUUUCCUGCUUCGGAGUCUUAUUUCCCAGGCGUCGGAGUGAGGAAAUGUUGAUUACAUAGCUGUUUCUGGGGCUCUGUCGCAAAACCCCCCAGGCUCCCUCGGCUCUGAGCGCAAGGGAGUUUUGCAGUGGGCUGAAAAAUGUCCUAAACUAAUAAGGCCAGACGUGGGCCUGUGUCAUACGUGUGUUUUUCUCUCGCAGCGGGCCUGGAAACAAGACAUGCUAAAUUACUAGCGCUAAAGCUGAGAUGUGGAUGUGUUUUUGUCCACAGAGUUAUACAAUGUUUACAGCUAGCUCUAUAGGUAAAUUUUAUUUUUUUUGAUGAAAUUUCUAUUUUUAAGUUCUGUAAUAUUUAAUUUUUCAUUUACUAAUAUCUUUUUUUUUUAACACUGAAUCUGUACUGUAAUGUUUCCCUGGUUAUUUUUUGUGUAUGCGUGCUUCUCUUUUAUGUUUUAACAUAACAGAUUGUUUUAAUUGUGAAUAUAAGCAAAUGCUGUUACCGUAUGAAUAAAAACAUUUGAGCAAAAA